UCAAGAAAACAUAUAAAAAUGUCCAUCAAAAAAUCAAACAAACUAACACAAGCUGCAGUAUUGAAGCAAAUUAUAAAAAGGUUUUCGAGUUUGCGUAAGAAGUAUGUUCGUAUCCACGAUGAAGACCACCUUCCUCUUGACGUACCUAAAGGACAUUUUGCUGUUUAUGUAAUACCUAUUUCAUUUUUGACUCACCCCGAGUUUAGGUGCCUCCUUAGACUAGCAGAGGAAGAAUUUGGUUUCGACCAUGACAUGGGAAUUACUAUUCCAUGUGAAGAAGAUGUUUUUAGCUCAUUACUUUCAACGUUUAGGUAA